UGUUCUGCUGCACGGGUUUGAGGAGCACUGCAAGUUUGCUGUGGUCUGAAGGCAGUAGGAUGGUUAUCAAGGAUGUAUUAUAUUCUUGCUGUAUGAAUGUGAGGCUGUUAUGUGAGAUCUAUCUUAAUAACACGCAAGAGAUUUUGCACUUAUCUUUCCUGCACUGCUCCUCAAUCUGACUGCCCACGUGAAGAUACAAAGUAGGCGCAGUGCUCCACUGGACAUGGAGAUGGUCGACGUUUGGUGGAACAUGAGGCUGGAUGUCUUGUUGGGUCAUUGACUUUUGAAGCUGCAGGGUGUUGGAUGUGUACUCAACCCACCUGAAUAUCCACUGCCAUCCAGUACUGCGAGUUUGAUCUCCAGGAUGACUGUGGUGGUUGCUGGAGAUAACAUGGACGAGACAUCCUCCACUCUGCAGGGGCAACCACAGGACUCACAGUAUUCCCCCGAGUGCUGCGAACGAGUUGUUAUCAACAUCUCAGGGCUGCGUUUUGAGACACAACUGAAGACGCUCCACCAGUUCCCUGACACACUACUGGGAAACCCCAAGAAAAGGAUGCGCUACUUUGACCCUUUAAGGAACGAGUACUUCUUUGACAGAAACCGUCCGAGCUUUGAUGCAAUCCUCUACUACUACCAGUCAGGGGGAAGGUUAAGAAGACCCGUCAAUGUACCUUUGGAUAUGUUCUCAGAGGAAAUUAAGUUCUAUGAACUUGGAGAAGAAGCUAUGGAAAAAUUUCGAGAGGAUGAGGGCUUUAUUCGUGAGGAAGAGCGGCCCCUGCCAGAGAAUGAGUUUCAGAGACAGGUUUGGCUGCUAUUCGAGCAUCCCGAGAGCUCAGGCCCUGCCAGGGGGAUCGCGAUAGUGUCCGUCAUGGUUAUUCUCAUUUCUAUUGUGAUAUUUUGCUUGGAGACUUUACCAGAGUUGAAGGAGGAUCCACACGGACGGCUCCAGGUGAUAGGCAACAGCACGUUCUACUUCAAACACAAUAUUCUUACUGAUCCAUUUUUUGUUGUGGAGACACUCUGCAUCAUCUGGUUUACUUUUGAGUUGAUUGUCCGUUUCUUCGCUUGCCCAAGUAAACCUGUCUUCUUCAAAAACAUGAUGAACACGAUCGAUAUGGUGUCCAUCAUUCCAUAUUUCAUAACGCUCGGAACAGAGCUGGCGGAAGACCCCGAAGGUGGAAAGGAGGCAAAGGGUGGAGGAGAGCAGGCCACAUCUCUGGCCAUUCUCAGGGUUAUCCGCUUGGUCAGGGUGUUUCGGAUAUUUAAGCUGUCCAGACACUCCAAGGGGCUUCAGAUCUUGGGCCAGACUUUGAAAGCCAGCAUGCGCGAGCUGGGUCUUCUCAUCUUUUUUCUUUUCAUUGGCGUCAUCCUGUUUUCCAGUGCAGUGUUUUUCGCUGAGGCUGAGGAAAAGGAUUCGUUCUUCACAAGUAUCCCAGAUGCCUUUUGGUGGGCAGUGGUUUCGAUGACAACCGUGGGGUAUGGAGACAUGUACCCCAUUACCAUUGGGGGCAAGAUAGUAGGCUCUCUAUGUGCCAUUGCCGGAGUGCUAACUAUCGCGCUUCCAGUGCCUGUGAUUGUGUCCAACUUUAACUAUUUCUAUCACAGAGAAACCGAAGGUGAUGAACAGGCACAGCUCCUCACGGUGAGCAAUCCGAACAUCGCGUCUGAUUCUAACUCCAGUCGUCGCAGCUCAUCUGCUGUCAGCAAGUCAGAAUACAUGGAGAUUGACGACGACCUAAAUAACAGCAUUGAUAAUUUUCGCGAGGCAAACCUGCGAACUGGAAACUGCACAGUUGUGAAUCAGAAUUGUGUAAAUAAGGGGAAGCGUCUCACGGAUGUAUAGAUUUCCAGUGUGCCCCGGCUGUAUAUAGUGUACUCUUUUCAUAUAUCAGAGUGCUUUAACAAGGCCUCUGAUAAUGUGUUAGUUUCAUUGCAUAUGCUCUCUCAAGUCCACAAGAGUUGCUUUGAUUCUGUCUGAAGAAUGGUAGUUUAAAAUCUGCCUAUGAAUACCAAAUAUUGAAUAAUUAAAAGACAGAAUAACUAUUAUAUGUACUUGGGCUAGAGUAUUGCAUAUGAGAGUCUUUUUCAUUUUUCAUCAAGUUAUUCAGUGACUUUGCAAAAAUAAGAUCAGCGUGAAGAACUAAUACUUUCUUGUCCCAUAUGUUGACCAUUUAUUUAUUUGCUCAUUGUAGGUUAUUGUAAACCAUAUACAAACUGAAUGUUGACUAAUUAUGCAGAUCAUGGCAUGUUUUAUGAAACGUUGAGGUCUGUUUGAUAUGGUACUAUGUAUCCUGCUUUAAUUAAUACGUGAUAUAAAUACAAACUUCAUCACGUAUAGCCAAGCCGACAACCACUGCCCAAUAAAAAAGCACAACUUUCUUUAAAAUCUUUAAAAACAAAGUAUUUCAAGUCAGUUCCAGACAGUAUUACAUUUUAAAAGUAUGACUUUAUUUGUUAAAGCUUUUUAAAUGUAAAUAUUAAGUUCUUAAUUAUUCAUAAGAUCUCUUUAUCUAUAUUAAAUAAUUGUAGUUAUUAUAUAUUAUACUUAAUACAUUACAAUUGCAUAUUUAAUACUUAUUAUUUAAAUGAAUAAUUUAAUAGUGCCUUCAGUCCUCUAACUGGCAUAGAGUGUCUCAACAUGCAAUAGUUACUGUAGAACAUUUGCAUCUCUAAUCACACAUGAUGUGUCGAGGGAUAUUCCAGGACCACUGGGGUUGAAUUUCAGGAAACGGUCCCUCAGCAUCCUUGUACAUACAAUAGAAGUUAAUCUAGCUGGAUCAGGCAUUGCUUUACAAAGAAAUGUGAGACAUGCAGUGUUUUUUUAUUUUAAAUUUUUUGUCUUUAUGUAUUCUUUUGUAAUGGCUUCAUUUUGUUCAUUGGUUUCUUUGGAUCUACCUCAGUGUGGUCAUGCAUAAUAUGCUUGUGAAUGCAAACUUCAUAUCCUCUGAAAUUAUGGGAGUGUGGGAGGGGGUUUGGUUGGUUAAUGAGUAUGCAAUGGAUGAGAAACCAUUUAUUUCAAAAUAAGAGUUCAUAAAAUGAUCAUUACAAAGUUCAAAAAGUGAUGCUAAGCACAAGCGCUAAUAGUGCUAUAUAAUAUGCACAGGUCUGCAUCAGGGACUGUAACUGUAGAAACUGCCAUUACUUUUAAUAUCCAUAACAAUGUGAGUCGAGAUCUAAACUGAACCCUUUCAUUUGACUGUAAAUGUUGUCUAUCAAAACCUAAUGCACUUUAAAUGAGGAUUUAUGUAUUUAUAGGUUUUGCAACGAGAGUGACUAAAAGAGUGAAAGGUGAAUCUAAAAAUGUUAAGGAUGUUUGUAAAAUUGCAGGACAGCAUCUUAACCAGCAUAGGUGUUUUGAAACCCUUUAAUUUGUUCUGUAGGGUAUUUAUGAUAUUCACUAAAAUAGUAAACAUCACAAAUGUGCUGCUUUGCCAGCAAAAUAAAUAGCUGAGAUUAAGGAAGAUCUUUAAGAAAAUAUAUUUUUACAAUGUGUUUAUACAGUUCUGUAAAAAAGAAAAAUAUGUCAGAGUGAUGUUUAUUUAUUAUGACUAGUUUGAGAAAUUCAGUUUUAUAUGAAUUGAAUAGAAUACCAUACAAAACAGUGGACCAAAAAUAGCUGUAAAGGUAAUUUAUGUAUGUUAUAAAGAUGCAAACAAACAUUUAAUUGCUAAAACGAAAUUGCCAAUAUAUAAUGUUGCAUAUAUCUGUAAAAUAACAAGACAUCUAAUAACCAGGGUUCUGAAUCAUUAUCACGUGUGGGAUUAUCAUGUAUAUUUUCAUCUGGGCUUCUAAUGUUGUUAGCAUCAUUUUUUUUUCUUUUGAAGAGGAAAUAGUUUGAUAUGAACAAGUGCACUGAAAUGUAUUUGUGUACAUUUCUGUAUUUUUUUAUUUUUAAUUUUUAAGGGCCUGGUUUUCAUUUUGGGCUUAUCAUAUGAGUGUAAUGCCAUAAAUGAAACUAAAGCACUUUGAUAUUAUGCAUGCAGGCAGCUCUGGGCUUAUGUUGCUCUGAUAUGAUUCAUGCAAAUGCUGGGAAAAGCUUUUAUUUCCUUUUAUUAAAUUUGAAUAUGUGUUGACUAUUCAUGGGCUGAUAAGGUGUAUUCUGUGACAUAAUUAUGACCAUUUUCUCAAGUGCUUUUUUAUUUUUUAUUUUAUUUUUACAGUUUUUAAAGAAUAUUUUUCAAAAUACAUUUCAACUCAGUCUUUAGGAUAAAUGAGACACUUCUAGGCUUAACAUUGAUAUAUGAAUCUAAUUAAAAUCUUCAUCUUGCCUCA